CUCUGAUCCGGAAGUAGAAAGACCGCUACGUGCCUGAAUGAAAAGUUACCCGGCUGGUUGUUUCAUUUGACAUCAAGAUGCUAACUUGUUAGCCGAAAGAAAGCGCUUCCGUGUGACAUGAAUACUCUGACAACACUGAAUAGAACAGGUCCCUGUUCCUGCUCUGUAGCUGCAGUGAAAGUGAAGCUGACAGUUUUCAAGCUUCACUGCUGACUGCUGCUCUUCUCAAUGAGGUACAGAGGCGCUCAGAUCUGUCUCCGGGCUCAUGGCUCGUGCUGUCUGUCCCGCCUCUUCCUGCCCUGCAGAAUCACCCCGGUCCGAACCUACAGUGCUCACAAUCAGCCCGGCUCCCCUCCACCCACUAAGCCCACCCCUCCUGAUAGGAACGGCAACGCCAAGGUGGUGAAGGAGCGUGCCCUGGCUGCAUUGCAGCAUGCAGGCGAGUUGGGGCAGCUGUGGGGUCAAAGGUCGGCUCAGGCGGCCACCGCCUCAGUCAACUACUGGUGGGAAAGAUACGAAGAGUUUGUCGGGCUCAACGAGGUCCGCUCGGCCCAGACAAAGGUCACUGAGGCUGAGUCGGCGUUCAUGGUGGCCAGAGGGAUGGUGCGCGAGGCUCAUGUCAGCCUGGAGGCCCUGCAGGUCCGGCUGAAGGAGGUCAGGGACCGGCUGGACAGAGUCUCCAGGGAGGAAGCUCACUACCUGGAGCUCGCCACUCAGGAGCACAAACUGCUGCAGGAGGAGCGGCGUCUCCGGACUGCGUACGAGAACUCAGAGGGGUCGGAGAGGGAGAAGUUCGCCUUGUUUUCUGCGGGCGUCAGAUCGAGCCACGAGAAGGAGCGGACGAGAGCAGAACGCACCAAAAACUGGUCCAUCAUCGGCUCGGUGCUCGGAGCUCUGAUCGGGGUCAUGGGGUCGACAUACAUCAACCGCGUCCGCCUGCAGGAGCUGAAGAGUCUUCUGCUGGAGGCACAGAAAGGUCCCGAGAGUCUGCAGGAAGCCCUCAGAGUCCAGGCUGGAAACCAUCGCUUCCAGCAGGACGAGCUCCGCACGCUCAUCGACAGCCUCAGGGUCGCUCUGACUGACGCCUUCACACAGAGGGGCGUCGUCCUUCAGGACAAGAGGGCUCCGUCCCCAGACGCGCCCACGGUGUCUCUUUCAGCCUUCAAAGACCUCCACAUCAGCAGCCAAAAGACAGAGUCCCUUCUGAAGUCCCUCCGGCCACAACUGGGACAACUGGAGCAAGGACUCGGUAGAGUUGAGGGAGAAAUGUCUGUGGUGAGGAGGCUGCUGGAGACCAAACCACAGACUGAACCACAGACCGCUCAGCCGCAGUUUGCAGCACCGGAGAGACCCGAGCGAGAGGACCGGUGGGAGUCUGAGGCGCUGGUGACGCGUCUGGAGGAGUCCCAGAGGACGCUGGGAGAACGAAUCAGGACAAACAAUGUUUACAACGCUGUGUUUACUUACACCGCCACCGCCAUCACCGUCUCUGCCGUCUACCUGCUGCUGAGAGGAACUGGUUAGGUGUGUGUGUGUGUGUGUGUGUGUGUGUGUGUGUGUGUGUUCUCUUAACAUCUGGAGAUGAAACUACACAGAGUUUGGUUGUAGUUCCAGCUGUUCUGCUUUCAGCGUGAAGCUGCAGUCGUUUGAAGUUGUGUUUCAUGCGUUCACUUAAAUGAGCCUCAUGACCUCCACCCAUUAGAUUUUCAGUAGAUUUCUUAUCUGGAUCUCUUUUAGCCCGAGUCCUCAAACAUAAAAGAACAUCAGUACAUGGAUACAAACAGAACAAACUACAUUUAAACUCGUUAAAACAAAGUUAAGUGUUUAUAUUGUAUAUAACAUUAUAACAUUAAAACAACCCUAACCCACCGAGAAAGAACUAUAUCAUCAUUAACUAAUAUUUCUAUUGUCUCACACAUUAAUAUUAGAUAUGUUUAAUAACAACAAGGUAAACAUUACGACUGCUGACUGCUCUGCUGCUGACUGCUCUGCUGCUGACUGCUCUGCUGACUGCUCUGCUGCUGACUGCUCUGCUGCUGACUGCUCUGCUGCUGACUGCUCUGCUGCUGACUGCUCUGCU